AUGCCACGCCUUCUCCCGUGGCUAGCGGACGACAGACGGCGCAACAAUGCUGAGCGCAGUCCAGCCCCUACGCGCCGUCGCGUAACUGCAAAUUCAAGCCGCCGUCGCACGCCGUCACCGCCAGCGAACCAAGGCGGCGCAGAACGUGCAUCGGCUCUGCAGUUGACUCCCAGACAUAUCGAUGUUCUGAGAUCUUCGCGGAGUCCUCCAACUUCGCCGGUAGAAGCUCCUCCCAUCGAAGAAUAUAUUAAAGAAGGGUUUGAUAAUGACGACAUGUAUAUCAUGGUUGAAGACGAGUUCUACGCGAUCGCGCAACAGUUCACGAGACAUCUACACCAUGCCGAGUACGUGAAGCGGCGAAAACAGGCCAAAAAUAUGAAUGCGUCGGUUCUGAGGGACAUUAAUCGACCGACAGACCAGAACACCAUAAUGAGAGCAGAGACCUUGAAGCGCAAGGAGGCCGAACGUCUGCGCGAGCGACAGAAGCGAGGGCUGGCGCCUACAUCGAGACGGCCGCGGACGGAGGAAGAAAAAGAUGAAGAAGAAGGAUUGAGUGAGCUAGAUGAGGAGGAGCGUGAAGAUGAUCCGUGGUUUGGCACUUCAUUGCAUACUUUGAUGGCAAGUCCAAGGAAGAAUAGGUCGCUUGUCGGCCUGCAGAGUAUCAGAUCGAGUACGAGAGCAGCAGCUGGGUUUCGCUCUUCUGAAGUUGCGAGGUCUCUGAGUGGCCAUAGCAAUGUUAGGCGGUCGGUUUCUUCUCUGCCGAGAAAUGAGCAGCAGCGACGAUCGGUGAUUGAGUCGCCGGCAAUCUCGCCUCCAGCUAAUGCCGAUGAUGACGAAGACGAUGAAGACGAUGAUUUGGAAAUCAUCGAAUCUAGGUCAAGCAGGCCAAAUCCAUUACCACAGUCAGAUGUGCGCGUGCGUACGCGUCUGAUUAAGAGAGAGUCUCCAGAAAGAGAUAUCAAUCCAGCACUUCAACGUACGACACCAAACGGGAUUCAAAGUGGACGUCGGAUAGUAAAAUCGGAAGACCAACAAACAAAGAAUAACGCCAAUUUCGAAUCGAGUACCCCUUUACGCCGAAGUGAUUUGGAACAUGAGCGAAAACUAAUACCUACUGAGCUUGCCCGUUCUGAACCCAGACCCAGGAAGAGAAUACUUCUUGAUGAAAUGGACGAUGUUGUCACAGUCGAUAUUAAAGAGGAAGAAGAGUCAAAAAAUAAUAUAAUACAGGGCCAGCCUCGAAGGUCAUUAUCAACAAAUCGUACACCUGAGCAACAACAACAAAGGACAUCCAAAAGAUCUCGCCUGAACGAUAUUCCGACAUUUCUAGUGUGA